AGGUUGUACCAAAAGCAGUAAUAAUCUUCAAGUACUAAGAUAUUCAAGAUGCAUUGGCUGAUACAUCGAAUGUUCAUUUGAUAAAAAAGGCGCGCAAAUGUGACACGGCCACAGAAUAAUCAUGCCCGAGCCCGCGAAAAGAUAAUAUCAAAACCAAUAUGGCGCACGAGAAAGAGUGGACCGACUAUUUCGGCGACUUCCCCAAUAGGACAAGGCUCGACGAUGAACCACCGAAGAACUUCAGUUUUUACGACAAUUUAGGGGAGGAAUACACCAACUUCACUUCGGAAGACUUCUGCUCGUCAAACCGCUCUCACGUCUACCUCAAUGUUACAUGCGAAUUCCCCAUCAAUUAUGCCGAACCUAUGUAUGGAUACAUCGCUCCUUUCCUCCUGGCCACAACGAUAGUCGCGAACACCCUAAUAGUGGUAGUUCUCUCCCGUCGUCACAUGCGGACUCCCACCAACAUAGUGUUGAUGGCGAUGGCACUAUGUGACAUGUUCACCAUGCUGUUCCCGGCGCCGUGGCUGUUCUAUAUGUAUACGUUUGGGAACCACUACAAGCCGCUGAGUCCGGUUAGGGCGUGUCAAGCGUGGAAUUACAUGAAUGAGGUGAUUCCUGCCAUGUUCCACACGGCGAGCAUCUGGCUGACGCUAGCGCUGGCUGUGCAGAGGUACAUCUACGUUUGCCAUGCCCCCGUCGCCAGAACAUGGUGCACAAUGCCACGUGUGAUAAAGUGUCUCAUCUACAUCGGAGUGGCGGCGUUUCUACACCAGCUGCCGCGGUUCGUGGAUCGGCAGUAUGUGCCCCAUCUUACCGUGUGGCGGGGACACCUGGAGCAAGUGUGCAGGGUGGAGUUAGCCCCUUGGGUGAGCAGCGUCUCCUUGGACGCGUACUUCAUCUCAUACUUCACAUUCCGCGUGCUAUUCGUCCACCUGAUCCCCUGCACCUCCUUGGUAGUCCUCAAUGUCCUCCUCUUCAAGGCGAUGAGGACUGCCCAGCUGAACCGGCAGAAACUCUUCAAAGAAAACAGGAAAUCUGAAUGCAAAAAGCUCCGAGACUCCAACUGCACCACACUGAUGCUUAUAGUCGUAGUCACAGUCUUCCUCUUGGUCGAAAUUCCUGUGGCCGUUGUCACCAUCCUCCACAUUAUAUCCAGUAGCAUAGUAGAGAUCUUAGACUACAACAUAGCCAAUAUUCUGGUUUUGGUGACGAAUUUCUUCAUUAUUGUAUCGUAUCCGAUCAACUUCGCCAUUUACUGCGGUAUGUCGAGACAAUUUAGGGAGACUUUUAAGGAAUUGUUCAUCAGAGGCGCUGUCACAAGUAGAAAGAACGGUGGGUCCAGUAGAUACUCCUUGGUGAAUGGACCAAGGACUUGCACCAAUGAAACUGUGCUGUAAUCAUCCUUUUUCUGGUAAAACCCUUUUUUGUAUUGUAAAUAUUCUCGGUGAUUUUAAUGAGCGCCUCUGUUUUGUGGAUGAUGAUUUUGUCUAUUGAUGUAAAUGUAGACAUAUCAAUAAAAAUGUAUAUUCCAAGAAUGAAAUGUGUUUCAUGUAAAUUUACAUUUUGAAUAGCACGUAAACGCUAAUAUACUUAUACUUAACUUUUCUU